AAUGUUUCCACUCGUUUCGCUGCUGCUUUCACAAGUUCCGAGUGCGGUGCAUAUUUUUUAAUAUUUACACAAUGAGGAUAGUCACCUGGAAUAUAAAUGGUAUACGGACUUUCAGAUGGGGAAUAAAAAAGACACUCGAUUCACUGGACGCGGAUAUUAUAUGUGUGCAGGAGACCAAAGUGACAAGAGACCUGCUUGAUGAGAGGACUGCCAUCAUUGACGGCUACAACUCCUAUUUCAGUUUCAGUCGAGGACGCAGUGGCUACUCAGGUGUCGCCACUUAUUGUAAGGACAGUGCCACACCGUUUGCUGCUGAGGAGGGUCUCACUGGUCUGUUGACCAAUCGUGAGGGAGCCAUUGGUUGCUAUGGUAACCAGUCCGCGUUUACCGACGAGGAGCUGCAGCUUUUGGAUAACGAGGGGCGAGCCGUCAUCACGCAACACAGAGUCCAGUGUUCGGACAAAGUACAAACUGUUUGUGUCAUGAAUGUUUACUGUCCACGAGCUGACCCGGAAAAGCCAGAGCGCAAACAGUUCAAACUGCAGUUCUACAAGCUGCUUCAAGGUCGAGCGGAGGCUAUGCUGAAGAAGGGGAGCUCUGUAAUUGUUUUAGGGGAUGUUAAUACCUCUCAUCGACCAAUCGACCACUGUGACCCAAAUGAAAUUGAUGACUUUGAGGACAACCCUGGUAGAAAAUGGCUGAACGGCUUUUUAAGGGACGAAAAAGCGUCGGCAGAUUUCAGCCACAGUGGAAAGUUUGUUGACACAUUUCGCUAUUUCCACCCGACUCGCGCCUGCGCCUUCACAUGUUGGUCCACUCUCACGGGGGCUCGCCGUACCAACUACGGCACACGCAUCGACUACAUCUUCGCUGACAAUCAGCUAGCGGAGGAGCAGUUUGUGGCGGCCGACAUCAUGCCAGAAGUGGAGGGCUCGGAUCACUGUCCCGUGUGGGGGGUGCUCCGGUGCUCUCUGCUGCCCAGUUCCAAGCCCCCCCCUCUCGCUACAUGCUACCUGCCAGAGUUUGCUGGCAAGCAGCAGAAACUCUCACGCUUUCUGGUUAAGGUGGACCAAAAGUCAUGUCGGACUGAGGAGGCACUACCUGGAUCUCAGGAAGAAGGAGAAAGGAGAGAGAAUAUAAAUCUAUCAGGUACAAAGCGAACCAUGAGUACAGAGUCUGUUCACCAGACAGGCAAAAAGGCCAAGACAAUUAAGACUUCUUCAAAGCCACAAGGGAACCUUCUUGCCUUUUUUAAACCUAAAAAUGAAAAAUCACUUGGCUUCUCACCGAAUUCCCUCAAAGGGUCCCCGGUAAAGGGUGAGCCUAUUGAGCUUACACCGGCUGUUGCAUCACAGCUUUGCAGCACAACGCAAGAGGGACAGUGGGAGGCACCGGCUGAACAUUUGAGUGCCCACCCAUCCAACCCACGUGGGAACAAAGGAGCAUCUUUACACUUUUGGAAGUCAGUCCUUCACGGGCCGCCCCCGCCGCCCACCUGCAAGCUCCACGGAGAGCCUUGUGUGCUGCGAACUGUCAAGAAGGAGGGACCAAACGUGGGCCGGCAGUUCUUUGUGUGCGCCCGCCCUCAAGGGCAUGCUGCCAACCCAGAGGCUCGGUGUAACUUCUUUGCAUGGGUUGACAGAGGCAAGUGACCCCCCAAAAACAGUCUCCAAAUGUUUCACUGCUGCUCUACUGUGAAAUUGCUUUUAUUUGGUUGAAUAAAAUUGUGUUUUAUAACAAUUUAGGUUUCAUUGUUCAUCAGCAGAGGUGGAAAGAAGUACUCACGCUCUGUACUUGAGUACAAGUAGUCUUGUGUGAAUAAAUAAAAAAGUGUAGUGUAGAUACUGUUUCAGUAAAGAUUUUCUAAAUGUGUGAUUUGAAAAGUGGGCGUGACGAAGUUGCGAUGUUAAUUCAUCCCGCAAUUUAAUUGCUUUUAUUGAAAUGCUUUGCGAGUUCAGUGUUUCUGACAUGCUUUCAUAAAAUAAUUGCAAUUUCUUUUAUUUAAAAGUGUUAAAUGUUCUGUGGUAAUACACUAUUAAAAAUAUUAUGCAUUGAAAGAUAUGUUUUCAGUUCGAGAAAAUGUUAAGUCUUAAUUGAUUGAAUACAGCGGUUGUGUGCUCAU